CAGACAGACAGACAGACAGACAGACAGACAGUUGCAUCUGUACUAGGACCCCUUGUCUAAUGCUUCUCCAUCUAACUCUAGUUCUUGUGAGACUGAUUCUGAUUGGAGCGUGGUUCAGCUGCUUCCUGUCAGUGGCACCUACUUCCUGUUGUCUUCCUGAUGGACCCCCCGUCGUACAUCGCUCAGUCCGAGGCUCCCCACUAUCCCCCCGAUCCCACGACCUCCAUAGUAACCAUCCCCUCCCUUCCUCCCUACCACCCAACACCAACCACACCCCCACCCACCUACGGAGAAGCAGUCAUCAUGCAGACGGACCCGUUUCCUGUCCUGACUCCGCCCACCAGGCAGUCACUACCCAGUCAGGAGCAGACUGGCUUCUUCCUCUACCAAUCAACACAAAGUAACUACCUAUCAGAACCAGAGCCAUUUAGAAAGUUGUGA